GUCAACUGCUGGGCCGUCGGACGACGACAAGCGCCUUAAUGAUGAGCUUCUGCAGACGCUGCGGUCCUGCGGACUGUACGAGAGCGAGGAGCAGCUAGCACGACGCGAGAGUGUCCUGCAAAGACUGCAUGAUAUAUUGCAAGAGUACGCGCUGCACGAGGGCUUGGCGCUGUUCAGCGAAAAGGAGGCGGCCACGAAGCUCUUACAGCCUCGCACCUUCGGCUCAUGCCGCCUCGGCGUGCAGAGCUGCGAGGCUGACAUCGAUACAUUAUGUGUAGCUCCAAGACAUUGCACGCGUGCAAGCUUCUUCGAGAAGGCUCCGAUCCUGCUGGAGGCGGCGUCCAGCGUCACGGGACUGCGUGUCAUCAGUGACGCUUUUGUGCCAGUGAUCAAGAUGCAAAUGGACGGGAUUCCAGUGGAUCUGCUGUUCGUGUCGCUGGAUAUGGACUCAGUUCCAGAAGAUCUCAACAUGCUGGACGAUCAGGUCUUGAGAGGAAUGGACGAGGCCUCAGUGCGGAGCUGCAAUGGCGUCCGCGUGACGGAGCGAAUCCUGCAGCUCGUGCCCAAUCAGGAGCGAUUCAGGACGACGCUGAUCGCUGUCAAGCAUUGGGCUCGGAUUCGAGGCAUCUACUCGAACGUAUUGGGCUUCCUCGGUGGCGUCAACUGGGCCAUCUUAGUGGCGCGUAUCUGCCAGUUCUAUCCAAAUUCGCUACCAGCGUCGCUACUCUCGCGUUUCUUCAGGAUAUACCAGAUGUGGACGUGGCCGAAUCCAAUCAUGCUCGACCGAGUGGACAACCCGCUCAAUCUGGGCUUCUCGGGAUGGAACCCCAAGAUCAACGUCCGCGACCGAUCGCACUUGAUGCCCAUCAUCACACCGGCAUAUCCAGCGUUGAACUCGUCGUACAAUGUGAUGGCUUCAACUCUUUGCGUUCUCAAGACUGAGUUUGACAGGGGGCUCGACCGAACUUUGGAGAUUGAGACCAAGAAAUUUUCAUGGGCGAAGCUGUUCGUGGCUCCAGCGUUCUUCCAAAGGUCAAAACACUUUCUUCGUGUCGAGAUAACAGCGAGAAGUGCUCAAGAUUUCGACGGAUGGUUCGGCUGGGUCGAGUCCAGACUGCGCCAUUUAUUCCUUCGACUGGAAGCGCUCUCGGACAUCCGCAUCCACCCGUUCGCUCGCUUCUUUGACUUCAUUGACACCAAAGACACAAGGCCAGAGAGCUCGUCCAAGUGCGAGGUUCAUACCUCGUGGCUGUUCAUCGGACUGAAGUUCCCUGCCCCCAAAGCAGCUCCAGUCACAGGCGCCACUCAUAGUGUGGACCUUACGAGCGUGAUCCGAGACUUUGCCACCUACACGGACCAGUGGGAAGGUCGUCACGGAGGGAUGGACAUGCAGAUUGAUCAUGUUACCCGCUCGCAGAUCCCCGAGUGGGUACUGGAGUCUGUGGCCAGUGGAGCAGACGAUAGCAAACACGUGAGGAAGCACAAAGGUACGUCACGCUGA